AUGGCGUCCCACCGAGUCACCUACCGCCGCCGUAACGGCUACAACACUCGCUCCAACCGGACCCGAGUCAUCAAGACUCCCGGCGGCGACCUCCGAGUUCUGCACAUCAAGAAGCGCGGCACUGCCCCCAAGUGCGGUGACUGCGGCUCCAAGCUCCCUGGUGUUCCCGCUCUCCGCCCCCGCGAGUACGCCCAGAUCUCCAAGCCCCAGAAGACCGUCCAGCGCGCCUACGGUGGUUCCCGGUGCGGCGGCUGCGUCCGUGACAGAAUCGUCCGUGCCUUCCUGAUCGAGGAGCAGAAGAUUGUCAAGAAGGUGAUGAAGGAGCAGGAGGCGAGCCAGAAGAAGAAAUAA